AUGCUUCAAGACCGACUAAACGACGCCGCCAUCAACCUUCACCGAGUUCUGACCCAGAAUAAUGUACAUUUUGGUAUUUUUGGUGGCUAUGCCAUUGGAGUACUAGGCGGUGCCCGUGAAAGCAAGGAUAUUGAUUGCCUCGCAUCCAUAUCCAAACCGCAGGUUGUUGCUCUGCUCAACGGAAAAGAUGGUUUUACUGUUAUUCCACAAACCCGCCAGGACUACGUUGCUUUUCUCUGGUCCGACAAGCCUGAUCACAGUAAUCCUGUGCUCGUAGAAAUAUUCUGCGAACAAUUUUCCGGUAAUUGUUUUUCUCGCUAUCAUUCGACAUAUGAUGUUAAUUACGUUUUAGGCUCUCGGCACACCAUGCGAGGUAUACAAGCUACUGUUCGAACUGUGAAUGGGCAGAGGCUUGGAAGCGGCCUUUCAUGUUUUCUUGAUCCAUUCUAUCUGUUCAAGGGGAAGCUUCGUGCCGCCGCAACUCGCGCUAAAUUCCAUGACUCGGCAGAUCUUCGCUGGUUGGAAGGUCGACACAGUACUGCAAUUCAGGCACGAAAGACGGAAUUGAGUCUUCAAUACAUCGGGCUGGCAAUGAAACGAUAUCCUGAGCUCGAAAUGUUAUUCAGAAGUCUCGACGUUGAUCUUGCAGGUGCUCAAAAUUUGACACGUCAUCUAGAGCUAUCCAAACUUCCAGCGCCGGCACCUGGAGAUGUCCAGCAUGGGCUGCUGGGGUAA